AGUCGUGCGCGCGCACAGCGGCGAAAGCAAGCAGAUCUGGAGCUAACUGCUAAAUGCUAAAGGUUAGCUAGCAGCAGCAGCAGCGAGUUAAGAAGAAAAUGGCGAUCAUGCAGGACGAAUGCCUCCCCUCGUAGAUGCUGCAAACGCAUUCAAGGAAUUCUUUUUAGCCUUACAGUCGGCUUUCCUUUUCCACUCUGUUGCACUUUAUUCUUCAAUGAGAUUCGGAAUUGGAAGCUUUUGCCACCAAAGAAACUGAAGCAUCUUAAGAGGGAACCCACCCACAGAAGGACACACUGUGGAUGGAAGAAAACGAAAAAGGGAGUGUGUGACAAAGGAGGAGGAUAAGAGUAAAACAGGCCCUGGACAAAAAGGACGGGACCAAGUCCUGAAUCCAAUCAGCCUCCCCUUUCCCAAAUCUACACAAACGCACAUUCAGUGUUCAUCAAGUCUCCAGCGAUGCCAAGACGGCCUGAUCAACCAGUUGCCCACUCUGAACAACCCGGCCUCUUCGCCCCAGACCCUUGAAGGCCGUACCCGCUCAAGAAGUGCCCCUCUCCCUCGUCAACCUGGGAACCCGAGAAAAACAGUUCUCCAGCCAACCCGGGGAGGCCCUCAAUCCCAUCCACGAGUUGCAGCCGCGCGCUGCCCUCACAGGCAUGGCUCCCAUUCGGGAUUCCGUCAGCCAUUCCCCUAAUCAAACAGGGCUGGAACACACCGGCUUGGACUCGCAAUAUGAGCCCUCUCCCUGGUCUUCUGGCUCUCCCUGCAGCGGUGACAGCAACAGCAACUGGGGAAAGGUCCUAGUGGACGGAAGCACAGAUCAAGCCAACAACCCCUCCUCAACUAAUUCUUCUACCUGGGCCCCGUCGUCAUCUUCUUUCUCUUGUUCCUCCUCCUCUUCCUCCUCCGGCUGUGGGUCGGGGUCAGACCCGGAGUUGGCGACAGAAUGCAUGGAUGCCGACUCGAGUCCGUCGACCGGCUCAGAGAAUAACUUUGCCGCAAUUGCUGUGACAACCGGGAUGAUGUCAGCAAAUGCUUCUUCCGCUGAGUCUUCUUCAACAUUCACUCCUUCCUCUGACAUGAUGGUUGGCAUUUCGAUGAACGGAGACAGCAAUGGCAAUAGUCGUCAGGUUCACGGCGCAGGAAUUGGAACAAUCUGUGGUGCAAAAAAUGGAAAUAGCAACAUGACUGGACACCCUCACUUCUCUGUGGCCGGGUCCAGCGGUAUUGGCAGCAAUAACACGGGUAACCACAACAAGCUUGUUAAUAGCAGCAGUGUUUGGGGGACUCAGUCAGGCAACGGCAUGAUGGCUUCCGGCGAAAGCACCGCUUGCUCCAUUGGAGGAUUGACUCCAAAUACCACGACCCCAAAUGCCAACCAUGGUGCCUGGCCCCCAAAUGCAGCCCUGAACCCAAUGUCCCAGAGCCAACGGCCUCUACAGCCUCAGGGGAUGAAUUCAAAAUUGGGCGCAGCGCCCCAACAGGGCCCCUUGAUGGGAUGGGGUGGCAUGGCAGCUCCCGACAAAAGCAAUGUGAUGGAAGACAUGGAGGUGAAUAAUGGUACAUCAAGCAGCAACGUGUUAGGAAGCGGCACCAGUGGUAACGGUGGCCUGCAGCCCGCCAACCUUAACACUGAAUCCAACGGACCAAAUAACACUAUGACGAUGAAUACUACUACUUCUACUAUUACUACUACUACUAACACAACAAUGACCUCUAUUCCGCCAAACUCUAUGGCCUCGCCUCAACUGAGCGGGGAAUGUUCCUGGGGCUCAAUUGGAGGAGCAGGGAGUGGUGGUCUGCUAGCCAACGGAAACCCUUCGUCGACCCCACAGCACCCCCACGUAGAGACGGGGGGUCCAGGAACCUUUGGUACGCCUUGGGAUGCAUCUGCCUACUCUGGAGAUAAGGGUCCCCCAAAUCCUGACACUGUGAACCCACCAAGCCCCGCCUUAAUGCAGGCUGGGAAUUCCCAAAUGUCCUCUACUGCUGCUGUUAAGAGUAAUAAUAACCACCACAACGCUGGGGGUACACGCUGGGAUCAGGGGCCUGUUAGUAACCCAAAUGCGAGUCAGAGCAACAACCCCUGGGGUGUCAGUACAAAUCAAACCCUCGACUCUACAGGACAAAUGCCAGGGACUGUGAACCAAACUACGAUGAGCUCUUCUUUCGGGAUACCUCGCCCUUGGGGAAGCAGCACAUCCUCCUCCUCCUCCACCUCCUCCUCCUCCUCCGCAUCUAACAAGCUGUCAAAUGGAGAAUGGGGAACACCCCAUGGGAACAACCAUUCAGCUGCUGAAAGUCAUAAAGGAAGUGCUGCUAACAAUGGCUGGAAGAGCCUGGAGGACGAUGCCAUGGGCAUGGGAGGUGGAGGCACCGGUAGCGCAAGCCUGACAGGUGUCUCGGGAGGCUGGGGCCGCUCAGGAGGAAGCGAGGGAAGUGCCGAGAGCUCCGGAGGCCAGUCCAGCUCCGACCGAGAGAAUGUCCUGUCAAAAAGUGGGAAUCGAAGAAAAGUCAACAAUCCGUCACCAGUCAUAUCAUUUCAGAGUCGAACUGAUGUAGACCCAAGGGUUCUAUCGAAUACAGGAUGGGGACAAACACCCAUACGGCAGAAUACCGCCUGGGAUGUUACUUCCACCAACAAGCAGCAACUGGCUUUCAGAGGAGAUGAAAGAAAGCAACGCUCUGGCUGGGGAACAGCCUCACCCACACAGACAGCUCCACCCCACGCCUCUGGAGGUCCAGGUUGGGGUGAUGGCCCAAGUUGUGGGGGCCCAGAUGCAGGAAGCUCAGGUUGGGGUGAGCCAAGAUCAACCUCUGGGUGGGAUAACAAAGGCCCAGCAAGUGGAAGCAGCUGGGACAAUGGAUCCAGUUACAAAGGGGGCAACAACAUCAGCAAAGAUGACCGAUCCAAUACAUGGACAAAUGUGCCCAAACAGCAGCAGGGCUGGGGUUCCAGCAGUGGCAAUGAGGAUGAAGGCUGGGGUACCGCUGGAGACGGUUCCAGAGCGGUGUCCAACAACCACUGGGGAGAUCCCCACAAAGGUGCCGGGUCAGUGGGAUGGGACAGCGACAGCGACCGAUCGGGGUCUGGAUGCUGGAGUGAGCCAGGGCGAACCAAUACUAGCGGCAGUAACACCUGGGGAGGAAGUGGUGGGUCCAACACCCCUGACCAAAGUACUCAAAACCAAGGCUCCAACUGGGGGGACUCCAAACCCAACCUUCAGAAUAAGAACCAGGGAUGGGGGGAGCCAGUGAAAAACAACCAGGGUUCCCAAAACUGGGGCGACUCCAACUCUAAAAACUCCUAUACUUCCAACGAGUGGGGAAAAGGUCCCGACUCAAACAUGUCAAAGACCAACAACAAGCCGACAGGCUGGUUGGGAGGUCCCAUGCCCACAGUGGGUCAAAAGAACGAAGCUUCAACUGGGUGGGAGGAGCCUUCUCCAGAAUCCGUUCGCCGACGGAUGGAGAUUGAUGAUGGAACCGCAGCUUGGGGAGAUCCUGUGAAAUACCAUGGCGGGGCUGUCAACAUGUGGAACAGAACCGGUCAGUCAGACCAGGACAGUAUGGGCCCACCUUCUCAACACCAGUCGCACCCAUCGCAUAGCUCGACACAUCAUUCUCAGCCCAUGCAGCCUCAUGGACAAGACAAAGGUGGAAGUUCAGGUUGGGGUGAGCCUUAUCCCCAGCAGAAAGAGUCCUCAACAUGGGGUGAUGCCACCUCUGCUCCGCCGGUGACGGUGGACAACGGAACAUCUGCCUGGGGGAAGCCAGUGGACACUCGCUCGAGCUGGAAUGAACCCACCCGAGAUAAUAGAGAGCCUGCAUCUGGUUGGGGAGGUCGUCACAAAUCAGGUCUUGGUUCCAAACCAAUGGACACCUGGCGCGGUGAUGACUCAAUGGGCAACAGUUGGGACCAGGAAGAGGAAGUCGAGAUUGGCAUGUGGACUAACAACCAACAGGACAACAGAUCACAUGAGCCAAACACCUGGAACUACAAGCAAAAGGGAUCCUGCAAGAUGAAUAAACCAGUCAACAAACCAGACGAGCCGUGGAUGAAAACGUUCAUGAACCAGUUUAGCAACAUGAACUUUUCUCGAGACUCUCCUGACGAUACCUUGAAAACCGUCGCAGGCAUGGUGCAAGACAAGCGUAUAGACACAAUGGAUUUUAGUGGAGUCAUGGGGAAGAAUCCUGGAUCUCAACACCAGCUCCCCAAAGACUCUUCCAUGGAUCGCAGCUCUUACUAUGACAAGCUGUCCAUUCCCCCCUCUGCUUCAGAUGAGCACUGCUCCGGUCAAAGCAUGAGCUUGCCCCCUCUCACUUCCACUCAGCCUAUCCUAUGUCACGACUCUGGGCCGUCUGCUGCCCACUCUAGUCCUGGCGUCUCUCGGCAGAAUGUAAACCCAAUGAUGGGUGGCAGCAGCUUAGCACAGGGCCGCGGUGGUCUUCAAUCUCAACUCCCUCAUCACAACUUCCGUAACCAAGUGCCUCCUCCCAUCAUGCCCUCUCAGGUCCCUCCACCCUUGUUAAAAUACCCAGGUGGGAAUGGAGCCCUGAAUCCACUCUUAGGCCCUCAGCAGGUGGCUAUGCUUAACCAGCUCUCCCAACUCAACCAGCUGACCCAGCUCCAGCGUCUUAUCCUACUACAGCAACAGCAGCAGCAGCAACAACAGCAACAGAAGGCUCAGAGCCAGCGAGUAAUGCCUGUGGGACGACCGCCUGAGCCGACGCGUCCGAUUGGUUCAUCUCCAUCCAUGAUGCAACCACCGCGUCACCUGGACGCUUCUUUGCUAAAGCAGUCGCCGGCCCUCAAACCGUACCUGGACAGCUACUUGCCCCACAAUAGCCCUGAGAUGCAGAAGGAUGCUUCCACUCUUGGAUCCUUCAGCAACUUCCCUUUAAGCUUGAACUCUAACCUGAAUGUAUCCCUGGACAUGGGCGUUGGUACUAAUGCCGGCGGAGCUUUAGGCUACAAAGAACCGGCCCAGUCCAGACUGAAGAAACUGUGGGUUGCUGACCCUCUGGAGCAGAACAGCAAAUCUGGUGCUAUUUCGUCAGGACUGCGUCUGGAGGACUCUCCCUUUUAUGACUUCCUGUCCCCUGGCCCAUCGCCCCUGAGUCCUCCCGGCCAAUCAAUGGGCUCAGUGGGUGACGGCUGGCCGUCCCGUGCCAAUUCCCCCCCGCCCCAUGGAAACACUGUCACCUGGCCCCCAGAGUUCCGACCUGGCGAACCUUGGAAAGGUUAUCCCCCCAACAUUGACCCUGAAACUGACCCUUAUGUGACCCCCGGCAGUGUCAUUAAUAACCUCUCCAUCAACACCGUCCGUGACACAGACCACCUCAGGGACAGGAGCAAUGGGCCAUCCUCAUCACUGAACACCACGAUGCCUUCGAACAGUGCCUGGUCAUCCAUUCGUGCCUCCAGCCACAGCGGUUCCCUCACCAGUACAGCACAAAGCACUUCAGCCAGACCCAGUGAGUCAAAAUGGUCUCCCGGCGUUGGUUCGGUAUCAAACUCCUCUCUUGCCCAUGAGCUGUGGAAGGUCCCCCUGCCUCCCAAGGCGCUGUCCGUGGCGGCCCCCUCCAGACCUCCGCCUGGCCUCACCAGUCAAAAGCCCAGCUCGGUCUCCUCCGGCUGGGACGGCUCGGCCCUGAGGCUGGGUGGGUGGGCCUCCGCUGACUCCCCAUUUGCACCUGGUUCCGGUUGGGGUGACGGCAGCAGCUCAGGGAGAACCCAAUGGCUCGUUCUGAAAAACCUCACGCCUCAGAUUGACGGCUCUACGUUGAGGACUCUGUGUAUGCAGCAUGGCCCUCUGAUCACAUUCCACCUCAAUCUGCCGCAUGGUAACGCUGUGGUGUGCUACAGUUCCAAGGAUGAGGCUGCCAAGGCGCAGAAGAGCCUGCACAUGUGCGUUUUGGGGAACACGACUAUUUUGGCCAAGUUCGCCGGCGAGGAGGAAAUCAGCGGAUUCUUUGCACAAGGGCAGUCAUUGGCUACUCCCUCCUCGGGCUGGCAGGCCGUUGGCUCGUCUCAGAGCAGAAUGGAUCAGUCCCACCCAUUUCCCAGCCGCGCCGCCGAGCCCAGCCAAUGGAACGGCGGCGAUCUCCACGGCUCCUCCCUCUGGGGCGGGCCCAGUUAUUCCAGUAGCCUGUGGGGGAGCCCCAGCGGCACAGAGGCGGGAAGGAUCGGCAGCCCGUCUCCAAUCAGCUCCUUCCUCCCGGUGGAUCACCUGGCGGGCGCCGGGGACUCCAUGUGAGCGGGCGUCGGCAAGGGUCAGUGGCCAAUUGUCAAUAAUCCGAACGAAAGCAAAGGAAGUGACACCACUCGCUUAAAACAAGAUGUUCAACAAAACGGGGUCUCCCCUGUGGAAAACAAGUUACGUUUCUCUCUCUGCACAUAUGUCCACUUUGUUUUAGCCCAAAAACAUAUCAGUCGGAAUACUUGAAUCCUGCAGGCCAAUUCUAUAAUGUGAACGGAUGGAUAUUUGCUUCCAGGUAGUGCUCUUUCACACCGAAAAAAAA